UGGAUAGUGAUUUGGAUGCUAUGAGAGCUCUAAGAAGCCGGAGCGUUAGGAUUUUAGUUAAGGGAUAUGACACUUCCCUUCAUGUGGAUGUUGUCAAGAGCCAGUUAACUAAACACUUCUCUUCAUGUGGAGAAGUUGUGUUUGUUUCUAUCCCCUAUUUCGCUAUAGACGGUGCUCCCAACAGAUCUGGAUAUAUAUAUAUUUUGGGAGACGGCGCAGAAGAGAAGGCACUGCAACUUAGUGGAAGUGAGAUGGAAGGACGCAAAAUAGUUGCUACUUCAACUCACGAGGAGUUCCUUAAACUCACUCCUGAAAUGACUGCUAGGUUGGCCGAGGCAGAACGAGCUUAUGAUGGCAAAAUGAUUAUCGUUAGAGGAUAUGACACUUCGCUUCCUGCUGCUGAUAUCAAGACCUUCUUGACCAACCGUUUCUCUUCAUGCGGAGAGAUUGUUGAUUUUCAGUUAUUCCCCGUAGAACAUCAUCCCAGUCAAGAUCACCAAGCCAUCAUUUCUAUUCUGGGAGAAGGUGCAGAAGAGAAGGCCCUGGAACUUAAUGGGAGUGACAUGGGAGGAGGAUUCAAACUAGUUGUUGUGCCUGCUUUAAAACCCGUGGGAAACAGCCCCAUUCCUGUCGAUGAUGCUUUCCCACGUGGCUUCAUGAUCCCAGCUCGGGUUGCCAACCCCAAGAAGACGAGCCGUUACAAGAUGAAGAAGAAGAAGGCCAACCGUAAGAAGGCUUGGAAGUAGAAAGCCUAUUCUCAACUGGUGAUGCACUGCAAUCCUACUUUUGUCUCUCUUUAUGCGAUAUAUCGUCCUGCACCUUUAACAUUAUCCCACCUGUCUUGUCUUAUAUGUGGGUCCCGAUGUUAAAACUCAGUACUCAUGACCUGUUCCUGUUUCUUUUUUUUUUUUUUGAACUUUGACCUGUUCCUGUUUCAUUGAGUCGUUUGUCCGAUUUGCGGCUAACUCGAAUAAUGUUGU